AUGGAGCCAAAUGCUGCCUCCAAUGCUGCGCCAUCUGCCAGCGAUGCGAUCCUGAAACAGAGAACCGAGGCGCUGCAGGCGGCGCAGACAGGCGACGGAACUCUUUUGUCGCAACUGACCAACAAUCCCUUUUUCACGGCUGUACGAGAGCCACCCCUCCAACGACCUGGUCUGGUUUCAAGUGCUGACGCUGCUUUCUUUUUAUCUGAACAGGGCUUUGGUCUGGCGGGAUUGGGUGCUGGAUUGACGUUCGCUCAGAAAGGGCUUCGCCAUUGCGCGGCACUUCUCCGUCGUCGCAUGCUGGUGGACGUCGAGAUCAGCAUCAAGGACGACUCGUACCCCUGGUUCCUGCACUGGAUGACUCUCUAUCAACGAUCGCAGCUCGAUGCAGCCCAUACAGCGGCGAGUAGUUCCGGCUUCGUGGACCGUCUGCUCCAGAGACUGACCCCCGGAAUGCGCCACCUCUCCAUCCAAACCCAAAAGAUCGAACGCUCGAACGGAGCCAUCCACACACACUUUUCGCUCGUCCCAGGGCCCGGGAAACACGUCCUCCGCUAUAAAAACGCGUUUGUCUUUGUCAACCGCAUGCGCGAGUCUAAGUCGCGGGAUAUCCAGACCGGAAAACCCUGGGAGACGAUCACCCUAACCACCCUCUACUCGCAACGCCACAUCUUCGAAGACCUCUUCACCGAAGCCCAUGCCUACGCUGCCAAAUCCCACGAAGGCAAGACCACCAUCUAUAAUAGUUGGGGAACCGAGUGGCGGCCCUUUGGACACCCGCGCCGGAAACGUCCGCUGGAGUCGGUUAUUCUCGACGAGGGCGUCAAGGAACGGAUUGUGGAAGAUGUGCAGGACUUUAUCUCGAGUGGGCACUGGUACCACGACCGUGGUAUUCCUUACCGGCGAGGAUAUCUCCUAUAUGGACCACCAGGCACGGGCAAGAGCUCUUUCAUUCAGGCGCUGGCCGGUGAGCUGGAUUACGACAUUGCCAUUUUGAAUCUGAGCGAGCGUGGCCUGACCGACGAUCGCUUGAACCACCUCUUGACUAUUGUCCCGAACCGAACACUGGUCUUGCUGGAGGAUGUGGAUGCAGCGUUCUCGAACCGGCGCGUGCAGGCCGACGCAGAUGGCUACCGCGGGGCCAACGUGACGUUCUCCGGCUUAUUGAACUCGCUGGAUGGUGUUGCCAGCGCGGAAGAGCGCAUCGUUUUCCUCACCACCAAUCACGUCGAACGGCUCGACGAGGCCUUGGUUCGGCCCGGGCGUGUGGACAUGACCGUUCGUCUAGGUGCCGUAACUCGCUACCAGGUUGGCCGUCUCUGGGAUCGAUUCUACGAGGAGAUCGAUGCCAAUGGGUCCCAUCGGGAGAUCUUUUUGAACCGGCUCCAGGAGCUCGGCUUGAUUGAAGACGAGCACGGCCACAAAGCGGACAAGUCGAGGAGUACCAGCGCAGCAGCCCUCCAAGGCCUGUUUUUGUACAACAAAGGCAAUAUGGAUGGUGCUAUCGCCAUGGCGGAGGGACUUACGUAUAGCGUGUAUGAUGAGGCGCAGGAGCAUGAUCAUAGAAGUAACUAA